AUGAUGAGCGAGAUGAUGAUGAAGCUUGAUAAACUGGAUUCGAUUGAGGAUAAAGUGAAGUCAUUUGAGCAAGAUUUAAAGUCUGUAAAAGACUCUAUAGAGUUUGCGCAUGCCGAAGUUAAUGACUUAAAGAUCGAUAAUGAAGAACGAAAGAAAAUGGAUGAACGUAAAGAAAACGAUUGGAGAAGCUGGAAAAUGAAAAUACACUUCUAAACAAAAGCCUCAUUGACCUUCAAGCUAGGUCAAUGUGUGACAAUUUAAUUUUCUACAAUAUCCCAGAGACUAGAGACGAGGAAACAACACCAAUCAUUCAUAAGCUGCUGGAAGAGAAGAUGGGCAUGAAAGAUGCCACAAAAAACAUAAAAAUUGAUAGAUCACACCGCCUUGGGAGACCAAAACCGGGAGCAAAGCAAGCCGCGGCCAAUUGUCGCAAAGUUCAAUUAUCACCAAGGCAGAGAGACUAUACGUCGGAAUGCAAUGACACUAAGAGGAACAAAUAUCGGAAUAGGGGGACAAUUCCCAGCAGAGAUUGUUAA